GUAAGCCAAGUGAUGCUGUUUCAGACACCUGUCAAAGUUCUGCUGUCUAUACUGCCAUGUCUUCUCUUUCUGUGUGUAAGAGGCGUCAUGGUGUUUUCCUUGUUUAGGAAGCCUCUCCUCAUGAAGUCCCCCCCGCUGUGUCCUGUUUGCUCAUUUACACCUCACGGACUCUGCAGCUUCUAGUGACUAUGAAUGCUGUACAUCAUUGCCAUGGUCAGAAUGAUCAGCUACGUCUCUAUUAUUGCCACAUUGUUUGCAGGCCUCACUGUUAAAAUGUCCCCCCUUAACCUCGCUGUGAUGUGUUUAAAGCGGUAUGUUGCCAUUUGUUUUCCACUGAGGCAUGCCGUUAUUGCCACCACCAGGAUGGCCUCUUCAGACUCGUUGAGCCAGCAUUUGUUAUAUGUCAAUCUGGAGAACCCCGUGCCAAGGUUCUCUCACAGACAAACUGUCUUCCAGCUACAAAUGUAUUCAACUGUAAAUAUGGCCUUUACCAUUGCGUAUUUUGUAUUAGCGAGCAUGAUAAUAAUCUAUGCAUACAAUUCUGUCAUAAUUGCAGCCUCUUCUAAUGUCCCUAACGCCAGUAAGCCCCAUAAGACAGUGCGGUUGCAUUUGCUUGAGUUCUGUCUGUGUCUCACCUUCACUCUGUUUAAUAUAAUAAACCCCAGCAGCACACCGAACACUAAUCCUGCUAUGGCCAGUCUUACUCACUAUGUGCUCUUGUUAGUACUCAUCAUUUUCCCUAAGUGUUAGAGCUCACACAUAUAUGGCCUUAGAGAUUGCACUUUCAGACAUGUCUUCAAAUAUUAUUUCACCUUUGGCUUCAAAACCACUUUUAAACCAUUUCCUAAAUCCAGAAUUCAAACACAGUAGGAACUAACACUAUAUGUGUUUUUUUUUUUUUUCCCUUUGCUUGCGCAGUCACGUUGAGUAGAAAUGCCAUCUUAAAUUUGCAAUAGGCACGUUAUUCUUUAUGUGAUUACAUACUUUAGUAAGCUAUAUGACAAAAUG